AGAGAGAGAGAGAGAGAGAGAGGGUGAGGGAGUGAGGGAGGGAGGGGGCGGCGUUAGACAAUACCAUUCCUCAAAUAUAUUCCAUUCCCUCCGUCCCUGAAGUGAGCCUUUAUUAGUCGGGAUCGUUUGGAUCUUAUCUCGCAUAUGACACUCGGUGGAAGAAAGACUGGAGGAAGAAAUCAGGGGGAUUAUCUGUGAGCUGCUGCCGAUCCGCUGCUUCCUGACACGGGGAGCGCCUUCGCUUAUCUCGCCCCCUUUAUCCUCAGCAUCUUCCAGGCGGAUGGACGAGUAGCCCCGGCUGCACUUUCACUAUCUGCCCAUCACGUCUAUUGUCUCUCCAUCGCUGGGAUCACACCGGAGGCUGACUGAUCCCUGCUCACAUCAUUAUUACCUUUUCUUUUUUUUUUUUUUUUUUUUAAAUCUUUUUCUUUUUUCUUUUCUUUUUUUUUAAUCCACUCAUCACUGCAGCAUCUGAAGACUUUGGGGGCUUUUUGAUUCGCAGGAACAUUUCCCUGCUUUCACGGUUUGACCCCCGUGUUGUUCCCAUGCUGCAAGCUCCCGCCUGAAAAAGUAAAAGAAGUACUUUUUUAGUUUUGUGUGAUCAUUUUGUUGUGGGGCGCGGUGACACUGAGGCUCCUCUCUGUCACAUCUGAUGCUUGUUUGCUCGGUGGAAUAUGAGUUAAUUUGGAGUUGAGGCUCCGCUCCAGAGCGUCUUCAAGUUCCUUUAAGAAAAUUUUGCCUCCAAACUGUUUGUCAAGCUUCUUCUGGAGGAGUGACUGCCAACACCCGAGAAUAAAAAUGAUGCUGAGCCCGGACCAGGCGGAGGCGGACCUCUCCUGGACUCAGUCCGACCCGGAGACGAUGCUCAACGGCCUCAAGUCGGCCGGCUGCGGCUCGGACGAGCCGGCGGAGGGCGAGGACAGGGCGAAGUGUAAAGCCGAUCAGCCCCUGAGCAGGGAGGAGAAGCGGAGGAGGCGGAGGGCCACGGCCAAGUACCGCUCGGCCCACGCCACCAGAGAGAGGAUCCGGGUGGAGGCGUUCAACGUGGCCUUCGCGGAGCUGAGGAAAUUACUCCCCACCUUGCCCCCUGACAAGAAACUCUCCAAGAUCGAGAUCCUCAGACUGGCUAUAUGCUACAUCUCCUAUCUUAAUCACGUGUUGGAUGUCUAAAAGUGAACCCCCCCCCCCCCCUCCCCUCCCCUCCCUCCCCAUGAGACAGAGUGGUUUGGUUGGGUUGGUAGAUUGGACUCAAGCGCAUCCUGGGCGUCAGCUGGGUAUGGCAAGGUUGACAGUGUUUUUGUAGCUUUUAAAUUAGGUGAAAAAUCACUUUUAUUCUUGAAGCCACGUUUAAUGAGAUAAGUUCAAAUUUAAAAAAAAAAAAAAGAAUGUGCAUUUCAAUCAAUGAAGGUUGGAAAAAUUCUGACUUUAUCUCCAGUGAGAAAGCUGCUGAUUCAGACUGAUGAACACCUGUGACACGAGCUUCAGCUGCAGCUUUGACUUUUUUUUUUUUUUUAUCACAACACAAACAAAAAUCAGCAAACCGGAAAUUGUUAAAAAAUAAAAAUAAAAAUCCAUCAAAUCUCUAAAAAAAAAAAAAAAAACCAAACCCAUGUGAUGCUGAGACGUUGCCAUAUUUCCAGCUGCGAGCCCGGUGUUAGUUACUGCGGUGGCGGGAGCGAGGUGCAAAAGUUGUCGACAACUGCUCCAAGUAAAAAGCCUCAACUUUUCCGUGCGUGAGGCCGUGCGCAGUGAGAGGCAGCACUGAGGCCGGGGAAGGAUGUAAACCAGAUAGCUGCUUUAGAUCUAGUUUAGACGAUGUUUUCCGUAAAGGAAGAAAAAAAAAAAAAAAAAAAAGAUUCAAUGCGUAAGUGCCACUUAUGACAUAUAAAAUUGUGACCUUAAUCAUUAUUAUUUUUUUUUAAAGUGUAUGGGAUUAUUUAUUUAAUUGUGUUAAUAUUUAAGGCUAAUUUAUUUAUGUUGGUACCAUAGGCCGGCGUCUUUUUGUAUAAAUGUAUAUUGUUUGUUGCUUCUAUAUUUUAGGCUGUGAAAUUGAACUUGGAAAGUGAUGGUGUUCUACUCUACUGAAAAUGGCACUUUCUGUUAAUCCAUAGCAUAACUUAUUCGUUUGAUGUAUGUCAUUAUCUUUGUUUUAUUUUGAUAGUCUAUUGUCUAUCAAUAGCAACGAUAAGCACUUCAACAUGGGGUUCACUGGCCCCAUAAAUGUUUAUUAUUUCCCUACAUUGUUGUGUUGAGAGGUUGCUCGAGGAAUAAGAAUUGGGCUGCUGAAAUAAUAAUAACAAUAAUUACAUUUCAAUUCAAUUUUUAAAAAAAAUAUGCUUCACUGAUAAAAUAAUGUAAUCACGUGAAGAAUCAAACUGUUUCUUAAACCUCUUCUUUUUUUUUUUGUUGCUGUGACCAAAAAAAUAAUAAUACUGAUAAUUUCGAAUUUAUUAUCUUCAAUGUUUUGAUGUUAUUAUUAUUUUUGAUUAAUUGGUUUAUUUAUUUGUCUCUGCUUUGUAUUUCGAAAUUCAAUAAGUAAUUUUAUAGUGAAGAAAAAAAAACAUAUCCUCUAUCCAAAGAUUUUUUGUCUCUUCAGGGUUGUGUAGGCUACUUGUUGCUUUAUGCAGAUCUUUUGUAGUAGAGGUAUCGUGUGACAGCUGGUUUCUAAUGGACAAACUUUUCAUAUUUUCCGGUGUUAUUUUUAAUUAAAACGGAA